GUUUGGAUGUCUUAACUCAAAGGACAACAAAGAAUCCUAUUACAGGGAUGAUUUUACUUUCUGAUGGUAUGGAUAAUAAAGAACAGUCUUAUGAAUAUUUAUAUGAAAGAGCUCGUGAAGCUGAGAUUUCUAUUCAUAGUUUUGGUUAUGGAUCUGAUCAUGAUGCAAGAAAACUCCAUACUAUUUCUGUAAAAACGGAAGGAACAUUCACUUAUAUUUACGAAUUCGAACAAAUUAAACAAUGUUUUGCAGGUUGUCUUGGUGGUCUUGUAAGCAUUUCAUGCUGUGAUGUAAAAGUACAUCUACGAGUUCCUGAAACAAUUCAAAACGUUAAAAUAUCUGAAGUACUUAGUAAAUACGAUAAUACGAUCAGUGAUAAUAUGCAUAGUGCUCAGAUUAAUAUUCAUAACUUGUAUGCUGGGGAAAAGAAAGAUUUAUUAUUCAUGGUCAAAAUUCUUCCUACGGAAACUAAUAAUGAUUCAGAAACUAUUGAACUUAAAAUAAUUGAUGUUGAUGUCAAUUACUUUGAUAUUCAUAGAGGAUCCAGAGUAAACCGUCUUGAAUCUCCCUCAUCUCUAAAGAUAUUACACACUACGUCAGAAAUAGAUCCAUCUGACAAUCCUAUCAAUUCUCAAGUAAUUCAACAAAAAUACCGUCACCUUACUUCAAAAGCAAUUUUGGAGGCUUCUAAUUUUGCUGAACAAGGCAAUUUUACCAGAGCACAAUCAAUUAUUAAUAAUUUGAAACAAGAGAUUAUGCUUCAUCGUAAUGAAGCACCCGAAUUUUACGAUGCAUUAAUAGAAGAUUUAAGCAUGAUUGCCAGACAACAAAGUAAUGCACAUGUUUAUCAAUCCGGUGGAA